GGCUCCCCGCGCGGGGCCUGGUGACACAGUGGGCUCCCUGGAUCCGGGGGGCUGCGGGGCAGCCAUGCUCCUGUCGGGGGGCGAGCCUCCGGCGCAGGAGUGGCUCCGGGUGCAGAAUAAAUCCAAGCCCCGCGUCCAGCGCCAGCGGCUGCCGCUGCAGCGCAUCUUCAGGGUCAAGCUCAGCGCCUUCCAGGGCCGCCCGGACACCUCCUACUUCUGGCUGCGGCUUGAGGGGCCCAAGGAGAACCUGAGCAAAGCCAAGGAGUACCUGAAGGGCCUGUGCAGCCCGGAGCUGUGGAAGGAGGUGCGCUUCCCGCCCGUCCUGCACUGCGUGUUCCUGGGUGCCCAGGGCCUCUUCCUGGACUGCCUGUGCUGGAGCUCGCAGGCCUACCUCGUGCCCGGGGCGCCCGGCUCCCUGAUGGUGGGCGGCCUCACCGACUCCUUCGUCCUCACCCAGAACUGGCUGGAGGAGCUGGUGGGCCGGCUGCGCUGGGGCUCGGUGCCCCUGCUCGCCCCCUGGGGGGCCCGGGAGGCGGAGGUGAGCCGGGCCUUUGGCGCCCUGGUCUGGCUCCGUGCUGACCAGUACGCAGGCUGCCUGCUGCAGCUGCCCCCGGCCGUCCAGGAGCUGCUGCUGAGCCUGGUGCGGGACACCGCGGGCAAGGAGGACAUCAUCGAGUGGCUGGGCAGCGUGGGCCCCUCCCCGCGCCCCUUCCUCCUGCCCAAGCAGAGCCUGGCCCUGGUGCCCGCAGGGGACAGCACCGGGCCCUCGGUGCAAGCCGGGGCCGCACGAAAAGGGGCCUCCGAGAACUCCAAGAGACUGACCAGCCCGGGGAACGCCCGCCCGCUGCCCUCCAGCUCUCCCGGCCAGAGCCCACAGCAGGAGGCUACGAAGCAGCUGGUCUGGGUCGGCUCCCGCAUCCAGGGUGAUUCGGAGGACCGUGCUGGCAAGGAAGGGGCCUCGCAAGGCGGCGGCAGCAGCCAGGACUCCGCAAACCACACGCAGGCCUGGUCCCCGCAGCGGCAGGUGCAGAGGGUGGAAGACAAGCUCCCCUUCCCGCCGCCGCCACCCGUGUCUGUCCUGGGCCUGUGUCCUCCCUGGAAAGCCUGGCCCCCAGCACCGGCCUUUGGGCCCCUGUGGCCGGGGGCUGUGGCUGCCACCUUCUGGAGAAUCAACGAACUGCACUCUCUCCACCUGGCCUGGCUCCUGUCGCAGGCCUACCUCACUUUCCCCUUCUGGCAGAGGCCCCUGGGCCCCAUUCAGCUCAAGCUGCCGGGACAGACGCCUUUGCCCUUAAAUCUGGAGUGGAAGCCGAAGGAGCUGGUUCCUCUGCCCAGUGUGGAGAGACUGGAUGGGGGGCCAGGAGGAGAGGCUGCCCUGCCGAACUGCCCAAGCCCAGAGACCCCGCCCAAAGUCAUGAGCUUGGUGGUGGUUUCAGGGGGCCCUGAGGCAAAGGACCGAGCUAGCCCGGGACUCCCCCAAAUCGAGCCACCUUUGCCCUCUGCUCCCCAGACACCCGCUGGAAGCGAGCCCAGGGCUCCGGGCAGUGGGCGGCGGGAUCCUAAGGGGCUGGAAGGGGUUCCUGUUCCAGCGCUGCCCGCGGGGCAAGAGGUGCCUCCCGCCUCAGAGAGGCCGGGGUCCGCGGGGGCGCCCCCAGCUCCGGCGGUCCUGGACGCUCAGACAGUGCCUGAAACUCCCAAAGUGCCUGGGGCUGCUGCCGUGCCCACGGCCCCAGCUCUGCCCUCGACACCAGCGCCGCCUACAGCUGCCCACGUGCCUGCGGCUCCGAUGCUGCCCGCGGCCCCCACCCAGCUUGCUGACCCCGGAGCACCUUCGGCCCUAGAGAAGCCUGAGGCGGCUCAGGGAGUGUCCACAGCUCACAAGGCUGCUGGGGGCCCGCCGGCGUCCACGGCGGCUGCCACGGUGCCUGCUCCUGCCCAGACACUGCCCACUCAGAAGGGGCCAGUGGCCGAAGGAGCCCCUGCAGGCCGCAGAGGACCCAAGCCCCCCACAGGGCCUGGAGCUCAGACCGGAGCAGUGGCUCCCAAAGGACCAGCCGCCCCCAAAGCGUCCAGAGCCCCCCAAACGCCCGUGGCCCAGAAGGGAUCCCCAGCGGCGAGGCCCACCUCGGACCCUGCCAAGCUCCCGAGCGACACCCCGCCUUCCCCAAAGACCUCUGCCUCCUGCCCACAGGGCCCCCCGCUCAGCGUGGCUAAGCUCCGACCGCACGUGGAGGGGCUCCUGGGGGCCUGGGAGGGGACCCCGAGGCCGUCGCCCCGACACCCGCAGCCUAGCAGCACAGUGACCAGCUUCCAGAGGUUCCACGAGGCCCUGAACACUCCCUUCGAGCUGGCCCUGUCCGAGGAGCCGGGGGACCAGGGCCUGCGGCGGGUGGUCAUCGACGGCAGCAGCGUGGCCAUGGUGCACGGCCUCCAGCACUUCUUCUCCUGCCGGGGCAUUGCCAUGGCAGUGCAGUACUUCUGGAACCGUGGGCACCGAGAGGUCACCGUGUUUGUCCCCACGUGGCAGUUGAAGAAGAACCGGCAGGUGCGAGAGAGCCACUUCCUGACGAAGCUGCACUCCCUCAAGAUGCUGUCCAUCACCCCCUCGCAGCUAGAGAACGGCAAGAAGGUCACCACCUACGAUUACAGGUUCAUGGUGAAGCUGGCCGAGGAGACGGAUGGCGUCCUUGUCACCAACGAGCAGCUCCACGUCCUGAUGAAUAAUUCCAAGAAACACAUGGUCAAGGACCGCCUGCUGCCCUUCACCUUUGCGGGAAAUCUCUUCAUGGUGCCGGAUGAUCCCCUGGGCCGUGAUGGCCCCACACUGGAUGAGUUUCUGAAGAAGCCAAACAGGUUGGACACUGAUGUCGGCAAUUUCCUGAAAGUGUGGAAGACUCUUCCUCCCCGCCCUGCCCACCUCACUGAGCUCAGUGAUGAGGAUGCCCCGGAGCCCCAGGAGAACCCGCAGGAGUCGGUGGAGGAAAUCCGGGAAGAGGAGAGGCGGGAGGAGCAGCAGGGAGAGGGACUGGAGGUACGCGAGCCAGCGGAGCAGGAGCCAGCGGAGCAGGAGCCAGGGGAGCAGGAGCCGGCCGUGCAGGGACUGGCCGAGGAAGACGACGAGGGCUCUCUGCUGGCGUCCGUGUUCAGGCUCGAGUGCCCUGUGCUCUCAGAGGAGCUCCUCCGGUGUCUCAGUCUCCCGGAGGCCCCCAACGGGGUCCUGGACAUCGAUCUCCUGCCGGGGCUACCUUCUCCCUCCCUGGGUGUCCCCUGGGACGGGAAGGCCCCCUGCCAGCAGGUUCUCGCCCACCUGGCCCGGCUGACCAUCCCCAGCAACUUCACCGCCCUCUCCUUCUUCCUGGGGUUCAUGGACUCACACCGGGACGUCAUCCCGGACUACGAAGCCCUGGCGGGCCCCCUGCACAGCCUCCUCCGACUGAAGCCCGACUGGAGGUGGGAGCGUGAGCACGAGCUGGCCUUCCUGGCCCUGAAGCGCGGCCUGGUGUCCGCCCUCUGCCUCUCGGCUCCCGACGCCCAGCUGCCCUUCCGCCUGGAGGUGCUGGUGAGCCAGGUGGCGCUGACGGCCGUCGUCUACCAGGAACGCUCGGGGCAGAGGCACCCUGUGGCCUAUACCUCGAAGCCCCUGCUCCCCGACGAGCAGGGCCAGGGCCCCCAGUCCGGGGGAGACAGCCCCUACGCGGUGGCCUGGGCCCUCAAGCAUUUCUCCCGCUGCAUCGGGGACAGCCCCGUGGUCCUGGACCUCUCCUACGCUGCCCGGCCUUCGGGGGGCGCCGGGGGGCAGGAGACUAGCCUGAGCCCCGAUGAGUGGCUGAUCCGGUGGAAGCUCUUGGUGCAGGACAAAGGCAAGCGGACUCUGGAGCUGACCCUGCUGCAGGGCCUCCUGGGCGAGAACCGGCGGCUGACGCCCGCGGCCGCCCUCCCACGCUGCUUCCAGGCGCUGCCGCCCCUCUCGGACCUGUCCACCUUCGUCUGCAUCCACAUGGCGGGCUAUUGCUUCUCCCAGGAUGACGACGAGUGGUGCUCGGGCUUCGGGCUCUACGUCUUGACGCCCUCCAGCCCCCCAGUGUCCCUGUCCUUCUCCUGUUCCCCUUCCACACCCACCUACGCCCACCUGGCUGCCGUGGCCUGUGGCCUGGAGCGCUUCGGCCAGUCCCAGCUCCCCGUGGUCUUCCUCACCCACUGCAGCUGGAUCUUCAGCAUCUUGUGGGAGCUGCUGCCCCUCUGGCAGGCCCGGGGCUUCCUCUCCUCCGACGGGGCACCGCUACCUCACCCCGACCUGCUCGCCUACAUCCUCGCCCUCACCUCCGGCCUCUCGGCCCUCCCGUUCGUCUACCGAACCUCCUACCGUGGCUCCCUGUUUGCCGUGACGGUGGACGCCCUGGCAAAGCGGGGCGCGCAGGGCGACGGGCCGCGGUGGGAUUUGCCGAAGGACGUGCCCAGCCCCACGGUGACCCCCCGGGCGGCGGGCAAGCGGCCCGACUUGCUGGCCCUGCAGCUGCGGGACAGCACCCUGGCCGACACCAUUGCCAAGCUGCAGAGCGGCCAGAGGCCGCCUGGCUCCUCCCCGUUCGGCUCCGUCUACAGCUCGCUCAGCCUCGACGGCGAGAGCGGCUUGCUCAUGUUCAAGGGGGAGAAGAGGCCCCGGGUCUGGGUGGUCCCGAGGCAGCUGCGGCGGGAUCUGAUUUUCUUCGUGCACGACCUGCCCGGGGGGGCCCACCAGAAGCCCGAGGAGACCUACAAGAAGGCCCGUUUGCUGGGCUGGUGGCCGGGAAUGCAGGAGUACGUGCGCACCUACUGCCGGACCUGCCUCUUCUGCGCCCCCCAGGGCCCCGCGGGCGGGGAGCUGAAGGUCAUCGAGUCCCUGUGGCCGCUCAGGUCCACCGCGCCCUGGGCCCACCUGCAGAUCGAGGUGGUGGGCCCGGUGGCGGCCAGCGAGGAGGGCCACAAGCACGUGCUGAUCGUGGCCGACCCCAACACCCGCUGGGUGGAGGCGUUCCCCCUGAAGCCCUACUCGCACGCGGCGGUGGCCCAGCUGCUGCUGCAGCACGUGUUUGCCCGCUGGGGCGUGCCCGUGCGCCUGGAGGCUGCCCAGGGCACCCAGUUUGCCCGCCACGUCCUGGUGAGCUGCGGGCUGGCCCUGGGCGCCCAGGUGGCCUCCCCGAGCCGGGACCUCCAGCUCCCCAGCCUGAGCAGCUCGGGCGCCUACUGGGAGUUCAAGCGGGCCCUCAGGGAGUUCAUCCUCCUGUAUGGCCGGCACUGGGCAUCCUGCCUGCCCCUGCUGCACCUGGCCUUCAGGGCCUCCUCGCCGCACGCCACGCCCGUGCAGAUCCUCACGGGGGCCGAGGGCAGGCUGGCCGGGCCCCUGUGGUGGGAGAUGAGCGGCGCGAACAUUCAGGGCCUGCACAUGGACAGCUUCCUGCGGCAGCUGACCCGCGAGCUGCUGGAGCUGCACUGGAGGGCGGCCGACAAGGCCAGCGAGAAGGCCGAGAACCGGCGCCUGCUGCGGGAGAGCCGAGAGAGGGAGUGGAGGGUGGGCGACCAGGUGCUGCUGCUGUCCCUCCCCAGGAACGGCAGCGGGGCCAAGUGGGUGGGGCCCUUCUACAUCGGGGACCGGCUGAGCUUGUCCCUCUACAGGGUCUGGGGCUUCCCCACCCCCGAGAAGCUGGGCUGCAUCUACCCCAGCAGUCUGAUGAAGGCCUUUGCCAACCGUGCCACCCUGCUGCCCCUGAAGGUCCUCGAGCAGUGAGCGGGGGUCUGCCCCUGGGGACAGGGGUCUGCUGCUAGGCUUCCCUGCCCACUGCCCACACCCCAGCUCCCGGCCUCUGGGCGGAGUGGGGGGGGGGACCCUCGGUUGUGCCUUUUGUAGAGCACUUAAACUCUAGUUGCCUUGAACUCAGGGCCAGGGUCUCCACAGAGACACUCGUGGGAGACACUGUCCCCAUUUGGGGCUUUGGGGAACUUCCCGAAGCUGUCAGACAUGCUCCCCUGGAAGUUUUACCCGAGGACCAAAGUCCUCUUACUAAGCCAGGCCAGGCUCAAUGGCUUUCUCAAAUAUCUCCUUUGUUCUGACACAAGUGUGCAACUCGACGCACAUACCACACACCUAUACCACACACCCCGACACGCUACACCUACACAACACACCCCAGCAACCAGUACACACACCCCACACAGCUUGUCACAGACACCCUGAGACAACACCUCCUACAUAGUACACACUCCAUCGCACACAUACACUACAUACACACCACCAACACCAUACACCACUCCAACAGUAGCACACACACGUACGCAAAGAAUACAAGCUCUCCUGUCAGAACCAUGAAAAAUGGUAGCCAUGGACCCAUGACUCCGAGCCACAUUCCCCUCUCGAAGAGAAGCUGCGAAUGUGGGCUCCCGCCCUGUCCUGCUCUCUUGGGGCCCCGUUGCCCUUGACGGUGUCACCGCUGACCCGCCUGUGCCGGCCAUAGAGACGGCUUGCUGCCGUUCCCGGCUGAUCAUGCUGAAUGGGACCACCACGUCCCCUGCCCUGUUUGCCAGCCGGGAAGGGCAUAGAAGACUGAGUCAGCCUACCUCAUCUGACUCCAGCGGAUGGAGACAGCCCUGAACCCCUGACCCCGACGCCUGCUUCCUGGGGUCAAGCCCACGGGAAACAAGAGUCUUGAUGCCACGUACGGCAUCUCUUCCUGAAGAGCUGCUUCAACUAGACGGAGAGGCCCAGGCCUCUGUUUUCGAUUUUUUUUUUGGGGGGGGUUCUGAAAUGAGGCUCUACCUCCCAACUCGCCCAAAGUCCUCUUCUUUCACCCCACAGCACCCACACCCCCCAAACCAUAUCAUGUGAGGCUGCUUUGAAUGGCCUGCCCCUUCCCCGCCUACCGUGGCACGAAAUCCUGAGCCCCUCUGGCACGGAGCGUGCGUGAGUCAGACUGGGGUGUGCACUUCUGCUUACCCCUGCGUCGCUCCUGCCCCUCAGGGUGGACUCGGGAGAGGGCCGACACUGCAACAUUCUGGCUGGGCCUUGGGGUCGUGUGUGUUCUCCCAGGCGGGGCCCGUCUUCUGGCCUAGCGCACUCAGGCUGCCAAAGCACUUGGCAUUGCUAGAGCCAGAGUGGAACUUAGAUGAUUGGUGUCUUGCACGUGUGUGUGUGCGUGUGUGCGUGUGUGUGUGUGUGUGUGUGUGUGUGUGUGUGUGUGUGUGUGAGUGCUACAGUUAAGGGAAGAGGCCAGAGGGGGAGUGACUUGCUAAAAGGCACCUGGCUAGUUUGUGGCAGACCUGGGACCAGGAUUAAGCUGCUGAUUCAGUUCCAUGAUACAGUCUGAGGGCAGGUUGUUCAAGAAACCCUUCAAUGGGCUGCAUUGAUGGUCUAACAGGUAGCGCGUUGGCCUUGCACACAGCCAAUCUGAGUCUCCUGCAUCCCAUGUGGUCCCCUGAGCACCGCCAGGUGUGAUUCCUGAGUGUAGAAACAGGAGUAACCCCUGAGCAUCACCAUUGUGGCCCCCAAAGAAAAAUGAAAAUCCCUCACACCAGCCAUACAUGCAUUCCAACAGCACCUCAUUCCGUGAAACUUGUACAUAAACUACUUAGAUGUGGCCUUUUUUCUCAUUUCCGGCUGUUGACUCUGUCCAGGAAAGUGGUUGGGUGACAGCAAGGAAAGGUGGCCUUGAGGGGAGACGAGCUUUCCUCCUCCGCCUCUCCCUUCUCUUGCUCCCCCUGCCUUGAGUACUGCGUUCAGCCUCAGUCCCCUUCCUGACACGCCCCUUCCCAUUCGUCACAUUUAUACUCAGAUACCUCUUUCGUGUGACCUUUUUAUCCCAUUUGAUUUGUCAAUAAAUGGAUCAA